CCUGCUACUCCCCGCAACGCCUCUCGCUCUCACACCCCCCAUCGCCAACUCGGCUCCCCCGGUAACCCACCGGUUGCCCACCGCAUCCCCAUAAAGCACCCUAACAACCCAGGGUCCACAACCAUCUUCCCAAUCUCUCUGUGAAAGUUCCAUGAAGCAUCGCGAGCCAUGAGCUCUCUCACCAAGCUCGGGACCGCCCUCACGGUGGUCUUCGUUGUCUGUGUCGUGGCACUGGCUGCUCAGAUCCUCUGGGUCCUAUUGCGCAGCCGAAAGUUCCGGCAGCGGAGCCUCGCUGGCGCCGGAGGGAGAGGAGACCAUGAGUCCGCCGGCGUGGGGGCCUUCCACGCGCCGCCGUCGAAGGAGUUGCUCUACUUCUUCUGCUGGAAUAACCAGUCGAGGGUCGAGCCCCAUGGGGCUACUGGAAACCGAACGGUGAUCGACGACCCGGAAGAUGACGACGGCGACGAGCUGGCCAAGUGGCAGAGGUUUUACGGACCUCCGAGGCUGCUGUUCACCAUCAAUGAAGAAGAGAGAGAGGACGCUGUGGAUUCCGAUUGCGGUGGCAAUAUCAAGAGCAAGAGCGGUUCGUCUUCUUGGGAGAAGAUCGAUGACAAGAAGAGGGUGUGCCUGAGGGAGCGCCUCGCGGAGGUCGACGACGAGGCUCCGCCGGGAGAAGCGGCGGCGGCGGCGGUCAUCGUGGAGGUGGACGAGGGGGUGACGCCGUUCUCGACGCCGUGCUCGUCACCGGCCUACUUCACUCCUUCGCCUUCGCCUGCUCGGGAUGAUCGUCAGGCGCCGACGACGGUUGCGAUUGUUUUGGAUGGUGAAAGCUAGCACCGGGCGUUUGAUCAUGUAAAAAUGGCGGUUAUGGGAUAUACAGACUGAGAUGAUGAUGAUUCCGUUUGUUUUAGGCCCAACUGGUUGCCGGCGGCUGUCGCCGGGGGGAAGAGGCCCGACUGGUGAUCCCGGCGGCUGUCGCCGUCCGAAGUCUGUUGAACAAUUCGCAAUGUAUGGAUGGUAGUGUAGAAUAAAAUACGAGUUUUUGUGAUCCCUCAUUUGACUUGCGUUGACUAAAAGUCGUCUUGACCAUGGCUGAGUUUGAUCGAAUAAUCAAUUUGCGCGGUCCAAUUUGAUCA